AGGCGGCCCGGGAGGGUCGCAGCCCCUCGGCUGCGGCGGCCGCCCCGGGCCGUGACUGUCCCGCCGGGCUCGGGCUCGCCCUCCUCGCCCUUUGGUCGCCACCAUGUCGAAAGCGGCGGCGGAAAGUUGCGGGGCGGCGCCGGCCGAGGACUUGUCCAAGGUGUCCGACGAGGAGCUGCUCAAGUGGAGCAAGGAGGAGCUGAUCCGCAGCCUCCGCCGGGCCGAGGCCGAGAAGAUGAGCGCGAUGCUGGACCACAGCAACCUCAUCCGCGAGGUGAACCGCCGCCUCCAGCUCCAUCUCGGCGAGAUCCGCGGCUUGAAGGAUAUCAAUCAGAAGCUGCAAGAAGAUAACCAGGAACUGAGAGACCUUUGUUGCUUUCUGGAUGAUGACAGGCAGAAAGGCAAGAAGGUAUCCCGGGAAUGGCAGAGACUGGGCAGGUACAGUGCUAGCAUUAUGCACAAAGAGGUUGCCUUAUACUUGCAGAAGCUGAAAGAAUUGGAAGUGAGACAAGAAGAAGUAGUUAAAGAAAACCUGGAACUAAAAGAAUUGUGUGUGUUGCUGGAUGAGGAGAAGAGUGGUGGAGCAGGCAGCCGGAGCUCUAUCGACAGCCAAAUCAGCCUGUGCCAGUUAACUGCAACAAGUACCUACAUAAGAGAUGUCGGUGAUGGGAGUAGUACUUCUAGCACUGGAAGUACAGACAGUCCAGACCAUCAUAAACAUCAUCUGAGUACUAGUCCAGAACAUCUUCAAAAAAAUAGGGGUGAAGGAAGCCCUGAGCAUCAGAAACACAGGAGUAUCAGCCCAGAGCAUCUCCAGAAGCCUAGGGGUUCUGGCAGUCCUGAUCAUCACCUGAAAGGACCAAGUCCAGAACAUCACAAAACCAUUGUCAAAGCACCUGAGCAACAAAAGCACAGCAGUAGCAGUCCAGAAACUCUCCCAAAGCACAUUCUGAGUAGUAGCCCUGAACACUUUCAAAAGCACAGGCCUGGUAGUAGCCCUGAGCAUCAAAAGCACAGCAGUGGCAGCCCAGAUCAUCUUCAAAAGCACACACCAAGUGGAAGCACAGAACAGCUCCACAAAGUGAGGGGUACGAGCCCUGAGCAUCUCAAACAACAUUUUGGAGGGAGCCCAGAGCAUCUCAAACAUCUAAGUGGAGGCAGCAGAGAAGGUACCCUCAGGAGGCAAGUAACAGAUGACCUGUCACCUCACCACAGAAGUAUAUACAAUGGAAUGAAUGAAUCAACCUUGUCCUAUGUUAGGCAGCUGGAGGCAAGAGUAAGACAGCUGGAGGAGGAAAAUCGCAUGCUACCCCAGGAUCCCAAUAGGAUGCCAGCAGGGGCGAAAGGGAGUUACUGCUCUCCAAAUGAGCCUCCUAGCGUCAGUGGACAUGGCUCAACUUCUCAGCAGUCUGAAUCAGUGGUAAAUGCUCUUAAGGUCUUGGAAGCUCAGGAAAAUAUGAAUCAGCAGGCUGUUAAAGACUCUCACCACUACCUUAGUGAGACAGAAAAGACUGUGGCUGAAGAAAUGCACAGUGUUGUGUGGAGGAAACUUGGAGAUGCUGCAGGGUCGUGCCCUGGGAUUAGACAACAUUUGUCAGGAAAUCAGUAUAAAGGACCUAUGUAAAAGGACCUGAGCAAGUGCUCUCUCUGAGGAGAACGAGUUUGACCUGCUGCUGAGAGAUAAGAAAGAGUGACUGUAUCCACAGUGACUUUCCGUCUGACAACGGGUUGUCUGUAUGCGCUACACAGGACUUCGUUGGAAACCAGGAGAGAUUCUGCACAGAGAUCUUCCAGACGCGUUCUGUUUUUCAGUGUCCCUGGUAUACUGCUGUUUCAGCAUACUGACUAGUGAAACGCUGCCAAGGCAUUGCCAUUUAAACCCAUCACAUUUAGAAGCGUCAAGAUAUUCCCGUCCCUACCUAAUAGAUGAUUGGGAUUCUGCAGGAGUUGCAUGAAAUAAAUUAUUAUUUUGAAUAGUUACAGGGAAUCUCUGGUAAGUCCAUUAGAUUUAACUGAAGUUUCUCACUAGACUGGAAAGACAUCGAUAAACUGUGCCUUUGGUCUCCACAGUUUUGAGAAAGUCACUUACUUAGUUACUCACUCUUCAUGCUAUAAAGUAUCAGUUAAUGGUGCUUUGGCAAUUUCCAGCUGAAUUUUUUGUUUUGUCAGAGAAUACUUGCGUUUUGAGGUGCUAAAGACCAUAAAGUCUCCUAACCAGCCAGUAGUGUAGCAGAACUACAGUACUUGUAGUAAAACAUGAUUUCUUUCUAAAUGAAAGUGAAAUUAGCUUUCUUUUUGAUUCACUUUGAUGCAAAUCUUCUGAAGACAUGUAUGAGGUUCACAACCCUUUAAUGAACAGAAUAUUUAGGUACCACUAUGAGAGGUCACAAAUCAGAAUUUCCAUCAGAGUUUUUUCUGAAAGUAUUUUCCAAUUGCUGGGAUGCUAAUUUCUAGUAUUUAAUUUAGAGACAUGCUGUUUUAUUUAAUAAGAGUCUGUAAGAAUCUAAAGGAUUGCACUGCAUUAUGAAAAAAGCUUUUCUUGCUACUGUAGCAUUCUUACAAAGAAAAAGGUUUUAUUUACUCAGAGCAUGUCUUUCAUUAUUAUAAGACAGAAGGCUCUUGUUCAGAUUGCCUGAGAUUUGACCAGAAGGUGCCCUAGACAUGCUUAGUUUAUUUUUUUUCCUAUGUGUAUAAUAUUAGUUGUGUGUAUUGAAUUGCAAUGAUAGAUAUUUUGUGUAUAUCUAAAAGCAAUGAUAGUUUCUUGUAUGAAUGUGCAACAGGCUUGUGACUGAAUGCUGUUAGUUAACUUUUUACCAUAGCUAAGCAUCAACAAAUUAAAUAAAAAUAAAAAAUAGGAAUGCAACAAUUCCCAGGUUUCUGGUUUGUUCUUGGUUACUAAGAUUUGAGCCAAAGUUAGUAUCCUCUGUUUUCUCUGAGCUUGUAACAUGCUGUAUUAGUGGACUAUUUGUAGUGGAAUGUCGCUCGGUUGCUGUACUUUUGUUAUAUAAUAAUAUGAUGUAAGAUCUGAUGUCUUCAUAAAAACACAAAGUGUUAAUUUGCAGCGGUAAUUAUGUUGGAUUCUGUUGUUAUUUUCACUUGGUACCAUUUGACGUAAGGCCUCUGGUCCGGCAUUACGUUCUCAGGCGAAACUGCUCGCUCCUUCUCCUUGAGUUGGGAGCGCAGAGUCUGGCUGCCUAUUUUCACACACUGCACUCAGAAAAUUUCUUAUAUAUAACCCCCUAAACAGCUGUCUGUUAGCUUUACAUGUUAUUUUCUCCCAUACAUACUGUUUGCAUAGUUAAACUUCAAUUGUUGUAUUCCUAUAUAUCUCUAUCUAUAUCUAUAUCUAAACGUAUGAAAGAAAUGUAGAACAUGUGCUUGUGCCUGCAGUGCAUACGUGCAGGGGCUAAUCUGAGGGACACUGGUCUUUUGACACUACACUUGUGUAAAUUUUGAUACUGUAUUAAAACUAUUUUUUUACAGUUCUGCAUACAAUUGGGUAUCAAGUAUCUGUGCUCACCCUGGUAACGGUAAUAAAUUACAGAAUCUCCAA